CUCAUUGGCAUCUUCGACCUUCGACUUAUUUCCUCCUUUUACAACUACCCCCAUCUCUUAUUCUUUUUUUCUUUUUGCUCCAUCGUCUCGUUUUUUUUUUCUUCUGGGUUCUGUCGCUCGCGACCUGUCAGACCCGUUUCCUUGUGUGUUUGGCCAGCUUGCUUAGCUUUUCUUACUUGUUGUUUGUUGGUUUCUCUGGGGUUUCUCCCAUCCGUCUACAUUCGACUCUGUGCAGCUUAAGCGCUUGGCUCUGUCACUGCUGUCCCCUGCGAUCUACGAUUACCUUCCUAUCGACAUCUCAGCAUAUUCUCUCGCCAAUCAUACAUCUCGAAACCGAUUUAUGUUUGGAAAACCUGUCGGAUCAUCUACGAUUUGCUUCUGAAAUUAUUGCUCUUUGUUUGGACCCAUACAAAGACCAUUGGAUCUCCAAAAAAAAGCCCCGCGAUCAACGUCUGUCCCCCUCUGCACCAGCCGUAUAGUUAUCGGACUAGCUUCUCAGAGCGACGUUGGCCCUCUGCUUUCCCGGUCCUUUUCGGUUUUCCGCUGCUUUUCAGCACUCUUUGGAACAUUCGCGAUCGCCUUUUCCUAUCCCAACCUUUUCAGACGCCUAUACACGAUGGCCGAGAACGCCCCCGCUUCCACCCCUUCUUCGCUUCCGUCGGCACCCCAGCCUGCUGCUGCUCAAAACCAGCAGUACGACGGCGCCCAAGGCAAUGGCCAGACCAACCCUUCCCAUAUGCCCCCGCCUCCACGGCCCCCCGUGGUGAUCCCCCAGAAUACAAACCCGAUUCCCACUGCCAUCUCCUCGCCCCUGUCUGGCAACAUGAUGUCCCCCACUAGCGCCGGUGGUUACGUUCGCCGGGCUGCCCCCGAACCCAACAAGAGAGCUCUCUACGUCGGUGGUCUGGACCCCCGCGUCACGGAGGAUAUCUUGAAGCAGAUUUUCGAGACCACGGGCCACGUGGUUAGCGUCAAGAUUAUCCCCGACAAGAAUCAGACACUGAUGUCGUCUCAACAGUUCAACAGCAAGGGUUACAACUACGGCUUCGUCGAGUUCGAUGAUCCCGGUGCUGCUGAACGCGCCAUGCAGACUCUCAACGGCCGCCGCAUCCAUCAGUCGGAAAUCCGCGUCAACUGGGCCUACCAGUCCAACAGCACCAGCAAGGAAGAUACCUCCAACCAUUUCCACAUCUUUGUUGGUGACCUGAGCAACGAGGUGAAUGAUGAGGUCCUGACUCAGGCCUUCUCUGCCUUUGGUUCCGUCUCCGAGGCUCGUGUCAUGUGGGACAUGAAGACUGGUCGCUCCCGUGGCUACGGCUUCGUUGCCUUCCGGGACCGCGCCGAGGCCGACAAGGCUCUUAACUCGAUGGAUGGCGAGUGGCUCGGCUCUCGCGCUAUCCGCUGCAACUGGGCCAACCAAAAGGGGCAGCCCUCAAUCUCACAGCAGCAGGCCAUGGCCGCCAUGGGCAUGACCCCCACCACUCCCUUCGGUCACCACCACUUCCCUACCCAGGGUAUCCAGAGCUACGAGAUGGUCGUGCAGCAGACCCCACAGUGGCAGACUACCUGCUACGUCGGCAACCUCACCCCUUACACCUCUCAGGGCGACCUCGUGCCCCUGUUCCAGAACUUCGGAUAUGUCCUCGAGACUCGUCUCCAGGCUGACCGUGGCUUCGCCUUCGUCAAGAUGGACACGCAUGAGAAUGCCGCCAUGGCUAUUUGCCAGCUGAAUGGCUACCAGGUCAACGGCCGUCCUCUGAAGUGCAGCUGGGGCAAGGACCGACCUCCCACCGGCCAGUUUGACAACUUCUCCCCGCAGCAGGCCGCUGCUCCUCCGUUCAACAACGGCCCGGGCUUCUUCCCCCAGUACGGAGGUCCCGCCAAUCCCAUGAAUCAAGAGGCGUAGGUCCUGCCCCUGCUGGCCGAGGCUGGGACCAACAAGGCAACAACUUCGGUGGCCCCGGUAUGCCUGCCCAGGGCUAUGCUCAAGGAAACGCCGGCGGCUACGGUCGUGGCCAGCCCAUGUCCCCGUCUGGUAACUGGGACCAGUCCAACAACAACUUCAACGGAGCCUACCAGGCGUAGAUUCUCCCGUGCCUGUCCCCUAGGAGAUGGAUACUCACCUCUUUCACAAUGAGCCCGUUACAUCUCGACAUUGGGACAUUGGCUGGAUCACACCUCACAGUCGUUGUGGUUCUCAAGUACUUCCCCCUCCUCUUUCUCUCCCACCACCUCCUCAUUCUACGCAUCUCUCCCAUUUCCAUCUGCUAUUCAUUUUUCUUUCUAAAUUGCCUGUUUAAGUGGAUUACCAAGCGAUCAAAAUGCUUUUGUCUUGAAAUGGAAUUUGUGUGUUGUGCACCGAAUACCCCAAAUCCACUUUGUUGGUUCGAUCUUUCCUUUAUCAUUUCGUCUUAUUCUACUCUGCCUUGCCUUUUCCUCCCCCGUGGGCAUGCACGGACUGGUCCAAUGGCUUGUUCUUGAAUUGUUUGCUCGUGAUCCAAAAUAAAAGCGA